AGUCUCCCCCUACUGUCCUCACCCUGGUUUUGGCUCCCUCAUACAUGUCCUUGAUCACCCUAAUGUACGCCACAUGUACACUUUUAGCCUCCAAGCAUUUUUAUAGGAUCUGUCUUGGAACUUUGUCAUAAGCCUUUUCUAGGUCGAUGAAUACCAUGUGUAAGUCCCUUUUCCUCUUCCUAUACUGCUCCACCAACCUUCUCAUAAGAUGGAUGGCUUCUGUAGUUGAACGUCCCGGCAUGAAUCCGAACUGGUUUUCUGAAAGACACACCUCUCCUCACCCUCAUCUCCACCACCCUUUCCCAUACUUUCAUAGUAUGACUUAGCAGCUUCAUACCUCUAUAAUUGUUGCAACUCUGGAUAUCUCCCUUAUUCUUGUAUAGAGGAUCAUUACACUACUUUCUUGAUAUAUAUUCUUUAAAUCUUUUUCCCACUAUUUUCAUCAAAUCCAAGAAUCUAAAUUGUUAGGUACUGCACGUUUAAAAAAUCAAAAUCGUACCAAUUUUAUCAUUUUGUCUAAAUUCAACAAUGAAGACGUGUCCUACAACGAGCUGCCUAUGCUACUAUUCACUGCCACGUCAUCUCUUCUGCCUCUUCAAUAAAAUACAGAUUCCCCUGUUUUUUUUCCACUAAUCUUUACCAAAUUAUUCUCCUCUCUGAUAAUUAUUACAACAAUGGCCAAUUCAUCAUCUUCAAUUUCCAUCUCAAAUAUUCAACUCCAAAACAUAACUCACAUAACAGAUUACAUCUCCAAUAUCCAAACACACCUUAAUCCACUAGACCAACACUCAUAUUUCCGUUGUUGGAUUAUGGGAAUUAUAUGGUGUUAGAGAGAUUUUUGGUAUUAAAGCUGGUUAUCGAGGUUUUUAUACGUAUGAUCCUGUUAAGUUGAACCCGAAAAUGGUUGAUGAUUGGCAUAAAAGAGGUGGUACUGUUCUUGAGACGUCUAGGGGUGGAUUUGAUUUGAAUAAGAUUGUUAAUGCUAUUCAAGAUCAUGGGUUUAACCAGGAACAGAGAGUGGCGAUUACCGAACAGGGGAUCGCAAUAGCCCAGUUGCAAAACGGAAGAGAUAAAACGACCUCGGAGGAGGCGAAGGGUGUUGCUGAACCCAGAAGAGAUGAGGCACGGAUGGUUGAGAGCGAUGGGUACGGAGCUGGUUCCUCCACCGAGGUUCUAAAAAUGCUCGAAACCUUGGCAAAACGGGUAGACUCGACCGAAAAGAGGGUGGAAACAUACAACUCUCGGGUAAACCAAAUCCCGGGGGCUCCGCCUCUACUGAAGGGGCCGGAUUCGAAGAGGUACAUCCAAAGGCCUUUUCCCCCAAGUGCAGCUCCGAAGUCAAUCCCGAAGAGGUUUAAAAUGCCGGAUAUCCAGAAAUAUGAUGGCACAACGGACCCACACGAACACGUGACCUCAUACACCUGCGCAAUAAAAGGCAAUGAUAUGAAGGAAGAUGAAAUUGAAUCAGUGUUGCUGAAAAAGUUUGGGGAAACUCUGUCGAAAGGAGCAUUGACGUGGUACGACCAUCUGCCCGAGCAUUCAAUCACUUCUUUCGAAAUGCUCGUCGAUGCCUUCAUAGAAGCUCACGCCGGUGCCAAAAAGGUGCAGGCCCGUAAGGCAGAUAUUUUCCGUAUAGCCAAAAGAGACGAUGAGUUGCUGCGUGAAUUUGUCAACCGGUUCCAAAGGGACCGAAUGGAACUCCCUUCGGUUUCCGAGGAAUGGGCCGCACAAGCUUUCACAAAGGGGCUCAACUCUCGGAGCUCGACGGCCUCGUUCAAAUUAAAGGAAAACUUGCUAGAAUACGAGGCUGUGACAUGGGCAGAUGUCCAUAACCGGUACGAGUCGAAGAUUCGGGUGGAGGAUGACCAACUCGAGCUUCCCCCGGGGCCAAUAAAUACGAACAAAAGUUUUGAGAGACCAAAGAAAAAUUACGAACCGGAAGCCAGAUCGUCGAGAGAAAGGUAUCAGCCAUAUUCUCAUUCGGAGAAACCAAGCUUCAGGUCGGAGAAAUCCAGGGUUGGCCCGAGCCAUUUCUCCGGUCGGAGUGAUAAACGGGUCGAGCGCCCGUCGAACAGUCGAGGUCUCUCAUUCAGGAGCGAUGCCGGAAGCUCUGCCGGCAAUAAAGACUUGCCGAAGAUAUCGGAGUACAACUUCAACGUCAACACCUCGGGUCUCGUCUCGGCUAUUAGCCGUAUCCUGGAUGUAAGAUGGCCGAGGCCUCUAAGGUCAGAUUCGGGCCAACGGGACUCGAGCAUGGUGUGUGAAUACCAUGGGACCCAUGGACACAGAACCGAGGAUUGUCGCCAGCUAAGAGAGGAGGUAGCCCGGUUACUGAAGAAUAGCCACCUCCGAGAAUUGCUGAGUGAACGAGCCAAAGGUCACUACAAGGAAAGGGAGACUCGUAAAAGGGCCAAGCCAGUAGAACCCCAGCAUAUAAUCAACAUGAUAGUCAGGGGUACCGAUGCCCCACGAGGGCCGGUGAUGAAACGGGCCAAGGUUUCUGUUGUUCGCGAGAAGCACAGCCGGGGUGAUUUACCCGAGGGUUCUAUCUCUUUCAGCAACGAAGAUGCAUAAGGCAUCAUUCAACCGCAUAAUGAUGCAUUGGUAAUUUCUAUACUUGUCUUUAAAACUCUGGUUAAACGUAUUUUGAUUGACCGAGGUAGCUCGGCCAACAUCAUCCGGUGGAGAGUGGUCGAACAGUUAAGGCUACUCGAUCAGAUCGUACCGGUAGCCCGGGUCCUCAGCGGGUUCAACAUGGCGAGCGAAACCACAAAGGGGGAGAUAUCAUUGCCGGUGAACAUCGAUGGCACUAUCCAGCAAACGGUGCUCUAUGUAAUCGAAGGGGACAUGAAGUAUAACGCAUUACUGGAUAGACCCUGGAUACAUAGCAUGAGGGCCGUGCCGUCGACAUUGCAUCAGUUGCUAAAAUUCCCGACACCGGAGGGGAUAAAAACCAUCCGAGGUGAACAACCCGCUGCAAGGGAGAUGUUCGCGGUCGAGAAACCGACACCUCAGCCCAAAAAAUCGGAUCAAAAGGAAAAAGACUCAACCGGGGGAACGGACACCAAAUAGCAAUCACAACACACAAGGUUGGACCCGGGGUACGAAAAGAAUGAUUUCGGUGUACCCAGAUCAUUCGUCAUGCCGGAUGACUCGGAUGCAACCAAGUCAACAGUAGAGGAGCUGGAGCAGAUCAUCUUGUUCGAAUAUCUACCAGACAGGGCACGGGGUUAACCUCGGAGCUCAGGAACAAGUUAAUUGAAUUUCUUCGAGCUAAUGCCGUUUGCUUCGCAUGGUCCCACAUAGAUAUGACAGGUAUACCACCGGAAGUAACAACUCACAAGCUCAGUUUGGACGGGAGGUUUCCCCCGGUAAAGCAGAAAAGAAGGCCCAUGGCAGAAGCAAAACACGCCUUCGUAAAAGACGAGGUAACAAAGCUUUUGAACAUAGGCUCUAUCCGGGAGGUCAAGUACCCGGACUGGCUAGCUAACGUAGUAGUGGUGCCGAAGAAAGGUAAUAAAUUUCGAAUAUGUGUUGAUUACAAGAAUCUAAACAAAGCAUGCCCGAAGGAUUCAUUUCCGUUGCCUCACAUCGAUAGAAUGAUCGAUGCGACGGCCGGGCAUGAGAUGUUAAGUUUUCUCGAUGCCUACUCCGGGUAUAACCAAAUUCGGAUGCACCAAAACGUCCUUUAUUAUCCGAUAUGGGACUUACUGUUAUAACGUCAUGCCUUUUGGACUAAAAAAUGCCGGUGCAACGUACCAACGCCUAGUUAAUGGAAUGUUCGAAGAACAAAUAGGGAAAACAAUAGAAGUUUAUAUUGACGACAUGGUUGUUAAGUCCCUGGAAACAGAGUACCAUUUAAAGCAGUUGCAGGAAAACCUUCGAUGUACUCCGCAAGUAUAACAUGAAGCUCAACCCGGAAAAAUGUGCCUUUGGCAUCCAGUCCGGUAAAUAUUUGGGUUUCAUGGUGUCAAAUCGGGGUAUUGAAAUCAACCCGGACAAAAUCAAGGCCAUCGAGGAUAUCGAGGUAGUGAAUAGCGUCAAAGAAGUGCAGAGGCUCACCGGAAGGAUAGCGGCGCUAAGUCGUUUCAUAUCGAGGUCCUUGGACAAGAGCCACCGCUUCUUCUCCUUACUGAGAAAGAAGAACGACUUCGUUUGGACACCGGAGUGUCAAAGAGCCUUACAAGAAUUAAAAAGAUACUUGUCUAGCCCACCGCUGUUGCACACACCGAAAGCGGACGAGCAACUUUUUCUCUACCUUGCUGUCUCCGAGGUAGCGGUAAGUGCCGAUUUGGUCCGAGAAGAAUCAGGUACACAAUUUCCUAUCUACUAUGUACGUAGGACCUUGGGGGAUGCGGAGACCCGUUAUCCCCUCUUGAAAAAAUUGGCACUGGCAUUGGUUAGUGUUUCUAGAAAGCUCAAACCUUAUUUUCAAUGUCAUCCGAUAUGUGUAGUGACUACUUACUCCCUAAAAAACAUCAUGCAUAAACCGGAAUUGUCGGGUAGACUAACCAAAUGGGCCGUAGAAAUUAGCGGAUACGAUAUCGAAUACAAAACUCGAACGGCCAUCAAGUCCCAGAUCUUGGCCGAUUUUGUGGUGGAUUUUGCCCCGGCUAUGGUCCCCGAGGUUGAGAAAGAACUUCUGCUAACCUCGGGGAAAGCCUCGGGUAUUUGGUCGCUACAUACGGACGGAUCCUCGAACCUCAAAGGUUCCGGGCUAGGAAUCAUCCUUAGAACCCCGUCCGGGGAUGCCGUUCGGCAAUCCAUUAGAACUGUUAAAUUGACUAACAAUGAAGCCGAGUAUGAGGCUAUGAUUGCAGGUUUGGAAUUGGCCCGGAGUAUGGGGGCCGAAAUAAUCGAGGCAAAGUGCGAUUCGCUCUUGGUCGUAAACCAAGUGAACGGCGUCUUCGAGGUUAAGGACGAACGGAUGAAGAGGUAUCUGGAAAAAAUUCAAGUGAUACUACACCGGUUUAAAGAAUGGACCAUGCAGCAUAUAUCGAGGGAGCAGAACAGCGAAGCCGAUACAUUGGCGAAUUUGGGAUCCUCGGUCGAAGGAGAAGAAAUCAACCCCGGGACUACGGUGCACUUGUUGAACACGGCGAUAAAAAACGGGCAUAUCGAAAUAAACACAAUGGGUUUAACUUGGGAUUGGCGCAACAAGUACAUCGACUACUUGCCUGAUGGAAAGCUCCCGAAUGACCCAAAAGAAUCACGGUCAUUAAGGACCAAAGCUGCGCGUUUCUGCUUGGUAAAAGGCCAAUUGUAUCGACGGUCUUUCUGCGGACCCCUGGCUAAGUGUUUGGGUCCCGGAGAGACGGAGUAUGUGAUGAGAGAGGUGCACGAAGGAACCUGCGGCAACCACUCCGGUGCUGAAUGUCUGGUCUGAAAGAUCAUCAGGGCCGGUUAUUACUGGAACCGGAUGGAGGAAGAUUCGAAAAAUUUUGUCCGAAAAUGUGACGGGUGUCAGAGACAUGCUCCGAUGAUUCACCAGCCCGGGGACUUCUACAUUCAGUGGUUUCACCUUGGCCUUUCAUGAAGUGGGGAAUGGACAUUGUCGGUCCAUUACCAUGGGCACCAGGUAAAGCCCGUUUUAUUCUGUUUGUGACUGAUUAUUUCUCUAAGUGGGUUGAAGUGCAGGCCUUUGAAAAAAAUCAGAGAGAAGGAAGUCAUUGACUUCAUAUGGGACCACAUCAUCUGUUGCUUCGGCAUCCCUGCUGAGAUAACUUGUGAUCACGGAUCCCAGUUCGUGGGUGGCAAAGUCGACGAUUUCCUCGAGGGGUUAAAGAUCAAGAAAAUUGUAUCAACUCCAUAUCACCCGUGUGCGAAUGGACAGGCGGAAUCCACGAACAAGACAAUAAUUCAAAACUUGAGGAAAAGACUUGAAGCAUCAAAGCAUCACUGGAGGGAAAUAUUACCGGAGGUGUUGUGGGCUUACAGAACCACAUCGAAAUCAAGCACGGGAGAAACUCCUUUCUCGAUGGUCUACGGGGCUAAAGCCCUUAUCCUCGUAGAAGUUGGUGAACCCACUCUCCGGUUCAGCUAUACCACCGAGGAGUCAAACGAGGAGGCCAUGGCCGUAAAACUCGACCUCACGGAUGAACUUCGCGAAAACGCGUUAGUCUGUAUUGCAGCCCAGAAACAGAGAAUGGAAAGGUACUACAAUCGGAGAGCCAAUUUUCGGCAUUUCCAAGUUGGGGACUUGGUGCUUCGAAAAGUUACCUUGAACACCAAGAAUCCCAACAAAGGAAAACUGGGUCCGAACUGGGAAGGUCCGUAUAAGAUAACCGGGAUAACGGGCAAAGGAUCGUACCAGUUGGAGUCCAUGGACGGGCAACGGUUGCGCAAUAACUAGAAUGUGGCUCAUCUGAAAAGAUACUACUGCUAAGGUAUGGACUCCCCGUGUUUUUUAAAGCACUCACCCGAUCUUGCAGCUCGGAUAAGCGCUAGGGGACUAUCAUACCCACUUCGAAGUUUACCCCGGUUAGCUGAAACCGGAGGCCGCCCUCAACAAAACAAAACCGGACCUUUAAUAUUAGGUUUCGAUGAAAGGACCAAACGUUCAGAAUGAAUCGUGUCCGCGCAAUAUUUGCUACGGAAAACCAAGAGCCGGACCUUAUGCAUUAGGUUUCGAUGUAAGGACCAAACGAUCAGAAUGAAUCGUGUCCAUUUAGUAUUUGCUACGGCAAAGGCAGAAGGAAAAAAAUCAUUCUCAUGUAUACAAAUACUUGCAAUGCAAAAAUUAUCGAAAGUUUGGAUAAGGAUAUCUCGGAUGUCUUCCUGUUAAAACACUUUACCCCGAUGAUAACAGCCGUAUUUCGGCACUACUUCAUUCAUACACCCUAUACCGGGCACUACGGUCGAAAUUCGACAAAGGCAACAAGGUCAUAGCGAACCGAGCCAAAAUCGUUAACCCCACAAACGGGGACUUUUACAUCAAAAUUUAGCUAAGGCUAAGACUCAGGUGUCCGAAAUAUACCGGCCCUAAAAAAUAGCCGAAAAAUGCCCUAAAAACGCCCGUCGUGAUUCGGAGACGUCCGAAUUCACAAAGCGUAAGAUGAGUCCCAUGGGCAAAAAUUCCAUAAAAUUCCCGGACGACAUGUACCGGAUGAAGAGAAAAGCUGAUAUGUAGGCACAGUCAGAAAUAAAGACUCCUUAAAACGAACCGACAAUUCGGGCGGAAGUCAUAACAAACAUUCAUUCGAAGAAAAGAAUCAAGGAAAAUACAUGUUCUAUUUAUACAAAGGAUUUUACAUCGGAGACCCCUACAAAGGCAAAAAAUAAAAGGCUAAGUACAGGCCCUAAUCUAUCCGGAUUGGCUGGAGCCGGAGUGUUCGGACACUGUCCGCUCAGAGUCGUCGGAGUCAGCCCCGAGGGCACCCUUAGCCUCUUCCUCGAUUCUUUUAGCCUCGAGAAUAAGGGUCGGAAGAUCCGUAAAGCCAUGCUCGGCUUGCUCAAGGGUGAUCCUCCGAGACUUCCAUUUUUCGUACUCAGUAGCAAUAGUAGCAUGAGCCUCGGCGGCCUCCACGCUCUUCAGAGCUUCUUCCAAAUCGGCCUCGGCCUGGGCUAACUUUGCCGCCAGAACAUCCCGAGCCUCUCCGAGGACAUUUUGCAUUUUCGAGCUCGGUUUUUAGAGCAGCACAUAUCUGGGCCCUCUUCUCCGCUUUCUCCUCAAACACCCUCAUACGCUCUUCAUACCGGGCACUCUCAGACUCGAGCAGCCGAUGCCUCUCGGCCAUGCUGGUAGCUUCGUACUUGACAGAGUCCAGCUCCUCCCGGAGUUGAGAGAUGGUGGUUUCGAGCUCACCAAGCUUUGAGGAAAAACGGGUGUUAUCUCGGCUAAGGCCGAUCUUGUCCACUUCGAGACUCCGGUUAUAUUCGACCAUCUCAGCCAGCUCACCCUUCAAUCGACGGUUUUUAGCCUUUGUUGCGUCAAGCUCAGGUCGGAGGUUAGAAAGCGUAGUUGCUUGGUUCAACUCAUCCUCCUUCAACCGGAGAAGGUGCAAAAAUUUCUCUGUUCUCGGCUUUGAGCAUCCAGCUGGACCUUGAGAUCGUCCACCUCUUGCUGGGCACGGACGAAAGCUUCAUUGAUGAGCACCACACUCUGCAAAUGGAGCAAGUUAAAAACUUGAACAAACGAGACAAAUUCUCAGUGAAAUUAUGCAAAGAUGGCUGAUAAACUCACCCUGUUGCCCGCGUGCAUACCCUCGUUAAUGAGGCAUUGCCAAGAGACCCCGUUCAUCUUUCGCUUGUCCGAGUCCGAGACAAGGGGCCUCAGAUAGCUUGCCAGACCCACCGGGCGAGAAAGAAAGCUGCAAUCCUCGGGGACGGUGAUCGUAGCCGAUCUUUUCCUUCUCGGUUCCACACUUGGGGCUAGAAAGGUAUGCACCAAGUUGUCCCUGGCACCAGACUCGGUGGUCCGACUGGCCGCCCUCGUGGCCCGUGGGAUCGGGAGAUGUCCGAAUCCAGCAGUUUCGCCGGUAGCGGGAGGAGUGUCCGAGAACAUGUCAUCAAACUCAUCCGGUCUUGAGGCCGAAGUUGGACAACUCGGAGGGAUCUCAGCAGCUUCGGCAGAGGCAGGGAUCUCCGAAGUUGCGGCAGUCUCGUAGUAGGGCAGUAGAUCAACAUCCGUGGGGGCUUCGGUCUCGGGGACCGGCUCAGUCCUUUGACCGGCUCCGGCAGCAGGUGCCUCCUCGGAUCUUCUCGUCCUUUGCAGAGGAGUUUCUUCGGAAGAAGCAUCACCUGAAAUAUCAAUGAAUUCAAUCGACCUUAAAGGAGCCGGGUAAUGAAUUACUUCCCCACCUGUGCAUAAUGCCGGAGCCGAAGGUCCUUCCCCGGCUGAAGGGAGAGGUGACACGGGGAUAUCCUUCUCCAGAAUGGGAGCCACGGAAGGGGCCUCGCUGAUCCUCCAAACGAGGAGCUCGGGCUCUGCUUCGUCCCUUAAAGUCCUAACGACGCUCCUCGCCCUUUUCUUCGGUUUUUGCCAUUUGUCCGAGGGCCUUUUUCUCUUGGCGGUGGCAGCAAGGAUGCGAGAGGCACCCGCUGAAUCGAACUCGGGUGCCGACGUCGCUGAUUCUGCUGCUGAUUCCGGCCUUGGAUCCACCGAGCCCUUAGGUAGACCUGAAAAUCGAAGAUGUCACAGAAGGGUAGAAGAUACAAUGAAUAUGGAUAUAAGGCGGGUAUUACUGUGGUUCUGGGCGACCCAUCAGCCACGUGUCAGGUGUCCCCACGUCCGAUCGUCGUGGGCAUGUUGGCUGAGGAGGGCAGUAACCCAUUCGUUAAGAUCCCGGACGACCGGAGGAAUCCAACCCACGACUGACAUAGGUAAGAAGAGUAGUGAGGAGGUGGAUAAACUGAAGUUCAACAAAACACACAAGCAGUUAUUAAAAGAAUUCAGACUUACGAUUAUUAUUCCACCUUUCCGGAAAAGUCAUGCAGUUGUCCGGGAUAAUGUCCGUGGUCCGCACCCGGACAUAUCGCUCCAACCAGCCCUUAUCUCUAUCUUCGUCCAUUUUCGAGAAAAAUGGAUUCCAGCUACGCUUUGCGAGUUUUAUUACGUCACCCUGGAACAACCUCAGGGAAUAUAAGCGUAUCAAGUGGGCCAGCGUGAGCUCCUUCCCGGCAUUAUUGGCCAACAGCCGGAGGCAGGACACGACCCUCCAAACAAUCGGACCAAUCUGUGCCAAGGUUACGUUAUAGGUCCGGCACAUGUCUAAGAUGAUCGGAUCGACCGGAGGGUCGAGCUUGAGAGUGAAAGGGUAGGUAUAGACGUAUAAGAAACCUUCCCGAUGGUCAGUGACUGAUUCGCUUGGCCCGGGGGCAAAAACUUGAACUGAACGGGUGUCCCACCCGCAAUCAGCCCGGACUAAGUCGAGUUUUCCCUCGGUAAUGGAUGAGGGAUAUCGUCUCACAUCAAACCCUCUAUCGGAUAUCGGAGAAGGUUUUUCGACCUCAAAAUCUUUGUUGAAAUUAGGUUUGGCCGGUAUAAUGUCCGAGGCAGUGGGCUCGAAGGUGCUUUUUGCCUUAGAUGAAGAAGUUGGCUCGGUUCCUUGAGACGAAACCGAGGGAAUAUCAUGGGAAGUGGUUUCAGUGUUAGCAGACAUUUGGAGAUUACGAAGAAAGACUUGGCAAAAUUCGAAAGUGAAGUUAAAAGGUGGAGUAAGAGAACAGACAGAGAAUUCAAAAAUGGCAGAAAACGAGAGGAAGAAGCAGCAGCCUACUCAACAAAAAUGGUUAAAGUGGAGAAGUUGGCAGAAUCGUUCCUUUUUACAUACUACAAGCAACAAAUCAACGAGAGAUGUGAAUUGGAAGAUGGUAAGUGAGGAGAAGAAAUGAAGAAGAAAUGAAGAGCUGAAGCUAUAAGAAAUGAAGGAUUGAAGAUGAGAUUAAGGGGAUCGUAAAAUGGAAAAAUGGAGCGUUGGAAGACGUUAUAUAGACAUGGGGUUGAGGCGGUUACAGUUCCCGGCUAAUCGGGGAGUGCCACGUGUCCCAUCAUUAAUGAGGAAUGACUUGAAGCGACGUGCGUUGCGGCGGUUGUCAGAGCGGACCUUCCGGGAUGAGACACGUGGCCGAUGGCAGAGGGACGUGACGCAACGGUUCCCGCCAAAAUGAAAAGAUAACAACGGACAAAUGGAGUCACCGGUUUCUUGAUUCAUCCACUUCCCGUUACUCCGAUAAAAUUUCGGUCCGGAAAGUGUGGGGACUAUCUGUAUACGGUAAAAACCGAAUAUAUGUUAGAUCGGUGAGACCGGUGAAGGAAGAGAUCAACACGGGUAUGGAGAUUUACUUUCUGGAUCGGAGGAGUGCUUGAACCGAGGAAAGGGAAGAACAUUGUUUGGUCCGACUUUCCCAUAGCCGAGUUGAUCACGGCCGUUCCUCCGUUAGAUCGUGGCCGUUAGUCCGGGAGAUCCGUUACGCGAUUGCCACGCGUUGAUAACGUCCUGCCAUGUUCAACUGCCAACCGUACGGGUAUCAGAUCGUACGGCCAACAUAACCCAACCUAAUCCAUUUCAGAGUUUUUUCUUUAUUUUUUAGUUUCUCAUGUUGUAUGAAGCCCAUGGGGCAAUACUAUAAAUAGGGCUCAUUGCUCUACUUUUGAGGGGUUGGCUUCCUCACAUCAAGAACAUUUUGUACUAGAAAAUAUAUACAAAUCUCUUUCAA